AUGUACCAGCCACUCCUUGAGGCACCUGCGGGGUCGCCUAGCGCUGUUGUGGGCGACAGGCUUAUUGGUGAAGCUGCGGGGUCCCUCUUUGGUGGUAGCGACCGUGCGGCCUUCGAGGCUCAAGGCGGUGCUUACUACCCACCGUGGCGUCCGGCGAACGCAAAUGUGAUAUCUGGCGGCCGGUACCGAGCAGCGGGGUCCGGCAUAAUGGCGACGUGGCAGCGAUGGCCCUUGUAUAGACUGCAAACGGUGCUACGGCCUCUUACAUCAUUGUUUCCUCUCCUGCGGGUGGUGUUUCCCUUCGCUGUGCCGGGUCAAGAUAGGUGCCCGCAGCUGUGCGCAGCGGCGUUCGCUGAGCGUGUUACUGCUAUCUCGUUUCAUCCGGUACGCAUGAUAUUGGCUGCUGCUGUGAAUGAGGGUAACGACUGCUCGCGCGUCGUUGUGUAUGAUGUGGCAGAGGGGCGGGAGGAGUGUGUUCUCACUCACGCUUUUCAGCGCCAAACUUGCUGCCUUGCGUGGAAGCCCUUGUCGCGUGAUGUGCUUGCGGUCGGGUGUAACGGCGGUGUGCUGUUGUGGAGCCUCACCUUUAACAUGUCACCAGCUGGGCAGGCUGUGCUUGGCAAUGGCAAUCUCACUCAUAGAUCUGUUGUCAAUGGUACAGAGAGUAGUGCACCGUAUUGUCUUUUCUAUCGCUGUGCGAAGAAUGUAGUUGUUACAUGCAUACGGUUCUCGUGCCGUGAUGGGCGUUACCUUGCCUGCGGUAGUGCGAAGCAUGCCGCACUACACUUCCAUGACAUUCGGCUGCAACCGUCAAAGUCGCUGCUGUUGCGGAACGUAUCAGUUGAAGGCGCAACGCAGGACGUGUUGUUUGCCGACGACGAUUCUUUCGCAAUUCGCUUGGUUUGUGGCACGAGUGUGUUGGUGCUGCUGCAAUUUCCGAGUUGUGCUGCCAAUGUUGUGCCCACAGCAGCACCAGUGUUGGGUGUGACGAAGGCUCGAGGGCUUGGGCCCAAUUAUUUCUUUCUCCACUGUCAUCACGUGGAGGGUGUGUUUGUGGCGCACAUUAAUCCAUUCGUCGGUGUGCAUGUUAUUGGUCUUAUUUCAACAGGCAUUCACCGUGGUGUCGGUGGUGCUGUACGGUGUGUUGCAAGCAGUGACAGGCGACUGUUCGUUGCGCUAGAGACUGGCCAUCUUCUAGUCAUGCAUUACGGACGGCGAGGUGUUUUCACCCUAAUACCAGUAGGCACGGCAGAAAUAGGCACUGAGUGCAUGGCAGUGUUUGAUGGCUGCACGUAUGGGUCGUUGCUUGCUGUUGUGGAAGCGGACCAGUCUGUGUCAUUUGUUCCUGCGUAUCAUGCAUAA